AUGGCGUCGGAGGAAGAAGCGGCAGAAUAUUUAGAAAAACAUCAGAUUCUGAAACUGAUGGAGAAUUUGGUGAGUCUGCUGCUGUUCCACAGGCCAGAAAAACCGAAGCUCUUCCUCUCUGAACACCUGCAGAUGUUGAAGCGUUCUCAGCUCAGUCAGCUCAGAGCCCCGACCCUCUUCACAUCUUCAGACCUCGACACUGUGUUCCAGCUGUUAGACCCCGCCCACCGGAAGUACAUCACAUACGACCAGUACAAAUAUGCUCUACAGACUCUUGGUGUCAGUGACAUAAAUGAGUGUCCUGACGGAGUGAACGAUGAGAAGAUCAGCCAUGACACCUUCAAGACCGAGGCGAUGGAGGGUCUGCAGAGGAGUGCGAGGACGUUCCACAGUCCGUGA